UUCUUGUUCGGUUUGAAGAUAAAAAAAGAAGAACAUUUGUUUGCAGACUCCAGAGCACCUGGAGGGAAACUUUUCAAAGGGGGCGUGAAUAGCAUGCUAACGUUAAAUGCUCCACUAAAACACAACCACUAAGACGAUAGGCCUGUGCGGAUUACACGAUUUGAGGUAAAACUCGCACUGCGACUGAGCACUAACUACAACGAAUCGGACGAUGGAGGUAGAAGAACUCGGAGGCAGUCGUGACAUUCAGGGAAAUAUGAUUACCAACCAUAAUUACCACGAGCAACAAACCCUUGCAGAUAUGCCUACGCACAGAGACGUUAAAACUGAAACAGACUUCACAGAGACAUCAAUAGUGGCAAGCACAGCAAUGGCUGAUAUGAUGGAAGAAGAAGAGGAAGAGGUAGUCUGCACCGCGGUGGAGAUUGAAGUGACUCUGGAGGAAGAGCCAGAUCAAAAUGAUUGUACUGAGGGAGGUGUAUUGGAACAUUCAGAUGGAACACUACAGAAUAAACGCAGGCGGGAUGGCGAAGCUCGGCGACCGUCUAAGGCAAGGCCACACAACUGUGCAGGUUGCGAGAGUUCCGGACAGCAGAGGGGACACCAAAAACACCAUCGGAAACAACAAAACAACAACGACAAGACUGUAGGAGUUCAUCAUGGAGAGGAGACUGGUGUGGAGGGGGGCUGCAUUUGUGACCAUUGUGGAGAAGUCUUCAUCAGUACCACAACUCUUAACAGUCACGUCAUCAGCACACACACCGCUGACAAACCGGGUGACCACAGCAGCCAGCCCAGUUCAAAUCCUGAGAAAAGCUCCGAGUUAAACUCCGAGCUAAGCAGAUUGUUUGAAAUGUUGUCCGGUUCCAGAGAUCUGGAGGAGACCAGUGAAGGCUUCAAUGAAAGCAACACGGUCGAACUGCAAGCAGCUGCUGAGUGUUUACACAGGGAGAGCGGUGGACAAGACAGUGCAGAUUCCUAUGUGCAAAGAGACAGCGGUAAAAAAGACAACACCGUUUCAGAUGAGGACAGCAUACUAUCAGCUGAAGACGCCUUCGAUCCUGAUUUUGAGAUGAAACCGAUAGAGUCAGACGAUUCACAAGAUUCUGACUGGGAGCCAGAAGUCCGCACCCCUAAGAAGAGGGCGAGGUCUGCGACUUUCACCGUGGGCGACCCGCACGGAGGCGCUGAUUGGCAGCAGUCCUAUGGGAGCCGUGGGCGGCCGAGCAAACGUGUGAAGCGUCAAGAAGGAUCCCCCCCUGGGUCCACUCAAAAGAAGACUGCUCAGAAGGACACCCUGAAAUGUGUUGUGAAACACCGAAGAGGACGCCCCCCUGGGUCCACUCAAAAGAAGACCGCUCAGAAGUAUUCCGUCAAACGGCAAAAAGGACCCCCCCCUGGGUCCACUAAAAAGAAGACCGCUCAGAAGGACACUCUGAAAUGUGUUGCGAAACACCGAAGAGGACGCCCCCCUGGGUCCACUCAAAAGAAGACCGCUCAGAAGGACGCUCUGAAAUGUGUUGUGAAACACCGAAGAGGACGCCCCCCUGGGUCCACUCAAAAGAAGACCACUCAGAAGUGUGCCAGGACACACCAGAAAGGACGCGCCACUAAAAAGAAGUCUGCUGGCCAGGACACUCAGGAGGACGCUCGGAAUUGUGCCCAGUGUGGGGAAGUGUUCUCCGCUUCCGUAGAUCUGGAGAAUCACAUGCUCACGCACGAUGCAGAGGAACCUCAGGACGGCAACCCGACUGACAGAAGCCCUGAUCGCUCAUCAAGGCAGGAAGAAUCCAUCGAAGGCCUCAAGGAAAGAGACGGCGAUGAGAAUGACUACACGGACGAAGAGAGCAUCGCGUCGUGCGCUGAGUCCCUGGACGAAGAAGAGCUCUUGGUGGAAGGCAGAGACCCGGAUUCUGAAUCGGAGUCGGAAGAAUCUGAUUGGGAGCCAGUGGCAGAACCGCCCAGGAAGCAAGUCAUUUCCCAUGAUGACCCUGACAGCAGUCUCACUCAAGCAGAGGAGGAGGAGUCAGGAGGGCCAGCUCCCUCUAGACGACCUGCAACCCACAGAAAGAAAGCGAAGUCCUCCGUUGACCACCCCACCCCUGACCCCGGAGUCACUCAGGAAGAGGAGUCGCCGAGAGUUUUAACUCCCUCUAGACGACCUGCGGCACGCGGACGAGGAGGAAGGGGAGCAAGUGCAGGAAGCAGACGAGGAGGAAGGGGAGCAAGUGCAGGAAGCGGACGCGGACGAGGUCGCAGGGCAGAGCCCACGGCCAGACCGGCCUUCGCCAGCGACGCGUGGAAAGGGAUGGACCAGGAGGAUGUGGUGCCCUGCCAGCCGACCUUUAACCCCACCCGCACCCCGGGCCCCCAGCUCUCAGCCGGGCGGGUUUACGCGGCGGUGGAGCUGUUCCAGCUGUUCAUCACUGACGCCAUGCUGCAGACCGUCGUCAAGAACACCAACCGGUAUGGCCGCCGGCAGCAGGAGAGUGGAGCGAAGCAGGCCGAGUGGCAGGACAUUACGCUGCGGGACAUGUACUCAUACUUGAGCAUGCUGGUCUACAUGGGGCUGGUCAAGGGCAAGAACUUAACCGACUACUGGCGCAGGUCUGAGCUCUACCGGAUAGCCUUCCCGCUGACGGUCAUGUCGGGCCGCAAGUUUCAAGCCAUAUCGACCGCUAUCCACAUGAGCGACCCGGCGUCCGACGCGGCCAACGACAUCCGCAGGGGCACGCCUGGGUAUGACCGCCUGGGCCGAAUCAAGCCCAUGUACGACGAGCUGCGCGCGGCGUGCAGAGCCAGCUACCACCCGCGGCAGAACAUCUCGGUGGACGAGCGAAUGGUCGCCUCCAGGGCCAAGUCCUGCCUGGUCCAGCACAUGCAGAACAAGCCGACAAGAUGGGGCUACAAGCUCUUCGUGCUGGCCGACUCGUCCAACGGCUACACCUGGGACUUCUUUGUGUACGAGGGCCGCGGCCCGGGCCGAACAGAGAAGGGGCUGAGCUACGACGCGGUCAUGUCUCUCCUUCCCAUUACACCCCCCUUCCUGGGUUCCGGCUACAAGCUGUUCUUGGACAACUUCUUCACGAGCCCGGACCUGUUCCGCGACCUGCUGCAGAACCGCAGCGUGUGGGCGUGUGGAACCGCGCGGGCCGGCCGGCUCGGCGCGCUGUGCAAGAAGGCGGGGAUGCUGGACAAGGCGUCUCCGAAGGGCACCAUCCGCUGGCACAGAGAGGGCCCCCUGGUGCUGGUGCAGUGGAGGGACAGCCGCGACGUGAUCCUGUGCUCCACCUUCCACACGGCGCAUAGCGACGCCAAGGUCACCAGGAAGGUGCGCAGCUCCAAGUGCAAGAUCUCGACCAUCUACGUGCCCAUACCACCAGCCGUGCUGGACUAUAACAAGAGCAUGGGUGGCGUGGACCUGUCGGACGCCCUCAUCAGCUACUACAACGUCCUGCACAAGACCAAGCGCUGGUACCGCUCUUUGUUCUACCACUUUGUGGACAUCGGCAUCGUGAACGCGUUCAUCCUGCACAAGGAGCAGGCCGCGACGCGGGGCGAGCGGCCGCUGGUGCAGAAGGCCUUCAGGGAGCUGCUGGUGCGGGAGCUCAAGGCCAUCGGCUCCCCCACCACCGUGCAGGCACCGGCCCGGCCAGACGUGCUGCACAGGCCCAGUUUCUACGGUACCAACAGCACGGAGUGCAGACGACGGUGCAAAAGGUGUAGCCAGAAGACGGGGGUCUACUGCAGCCACUGCCGGGAAACGCUGUGUCUCACGCAGAACCGCAACUGCUUCGUCGAUUGGCAUGCUAGUAAAAACAUGUGAUGUUUUUGUGUGAUUGGCAUGCUAGUAAAAACAUGUGAAGCGUCGAUUGGCAUGCUAGUAAAAACAUGUGAAGCGUGCAUGCGUGGGUGUGCGUGCAACGACGAUGACCAACAUGUGUGUGAAGACUAUGACCUGCGUGCGUGUGAAGGCUCUGACCUGCGUGCGUGUGAAGGCUCUGACCUGCUGCAGCCCCGGUCAUGUGGUGCUGUGUCUCAUGUUGAACUUUAAAUGCUACCUCAUGCCCAGCAAAUCCUCUGUGUGUGUGUGUGUGUGUGUGUGUGUGUGUGUGUGUGUGUGUGUGUGUGUAACUGUCUGUUGUGUGUGUGCGUGUGCGCGCGUGUCUG